AACGCCCAGUAAGUUGGCUAUGGCGGACAAGUCACGCUGUCGCCUCGCUCGCCUUUCUUCUCAUCUGGUACCACCCUUGACCGAGGAUUCAAGUUGCAGGCUGGAAGCUGUGGUUUGCAGACGAAGCCAAAGUAGCUAUGAACGCCGUCACGGGGAUAUCUCUUGCGAGAGGGUAGUGUGGCUCAAGUCCUGGGUAGGCGACGGCCCAGAGCUAGAGGAGGUGCUAUACCACAAGGCUCUUGGAGAAGGAAUAGCAAAAAUCACCAUCAACAGAGCGCACAAGAGGAAUGCCUUCACUCCUCGAACAGUUACCGAGAUGCAGCGUGCAUUGUCUGCCGCUCGAGACGACAAGGACGUGGGAGUGGUGAUACUAACAGGCCAGGGGACCGAUGCAUUCUGCAGUGGAGGUGAUCAAUCAGUGCGUGGAAAGCAUGGCUAUGUCGGUCAAGACAACAAUGCGCGUCUCAACGUUUUGGACUUGCAGAUGCAAAUUCGGAGGCUCCCUAAGCCCGUCGUCGCAAUGGUUGCUGGCUACGCCGUUGGUGGAGGUCACGUCCUCCACAUGGUGUGCGACAUAACUAUCGCUGCGGACAAUGCCAUGUUUGGGCAGACUGGGCCUAAGGUGGGCAGUUUUGACGCUGGCUAUGGCUGUAGCAUCAUGGCCCGGUUGGUAAGUCUGUGCGUGCAUGCCAGUGGUGCUACAAUUGCUACUUUGCAGGUUGGGCAGAAGCGAGCGAGAGAGAUGUGGUUCCUGGCGAGAUUUUACGAUGCGCAGCAAGCCCUGGAGAUGGGCCUUGUCAACGCGGUGGUGCCUGUUGCGGAGCUGGAGCUGGAGACAAUCAAGUGGUGCCGUCAAAUGCUCAAGAAUAGCCCCACUGCCAUCCGGGUUCUCAAGUCUGCGCUCAACGCCGUGGAAGACGGGCAUGCGGGCCUUCAGGAGCUGGCUGGAAACGCGACGCUUCUGUUCUACGGCUCUGAAGAGGGCGAGGAAGGGAGGAAGUCUUAUCUGGAGGGCAGGCAGCCCAAUUUUUCCAAGGUUCCCAGGUUACCAUGAACGAAAUAUUUUCUUGUUAUUCAACGAGAAUGGAGAGGUGCUAGCUACAUGCGAACUGUACCAUACUCAAGGGAAUUCCCCUCGAUGGUCACGGUGGACGUGUAGUUGGUGCUUCUGUCGCAAAACACCUCC